AUGGACGGUGCCACGGUGCAUUUGAUCGAAGGCGCUGAAGAGCGUCCAAGUCAACGUUCCGAGGACAGUCCGUCGGCGGAGGUGCGUCAGCCCUCGCCGUCCCAGGACCAGGCCGACCUAGACGCUCGCAUCCGAACCACUAUCACAGUGGGCGUGGUUACCAUGGUGAUCUUGAGCCUGUUCGCCAUGGCCUACUCGUUCAACGAGGCACAGCGGCAGCUGGAAUACCUGCAAGACUCGGACCACGUGAAACCCAAUGACCUGGAGGAGGCGUGGCGCAUGGCGUCUAACAGCACCCACAGCGUUGCCACGACGACCGACGACUUGGACAUUGUUUCCCUGUCUGCAGAAGCAGACGGCGAGAAAAAAUGGCCGGCAUCCGCGGCGGAAGCAAUGUCGGCUGGCGAUGGCCCCAAGGCAACGGACGAUGAAGGCACCGAGUUAAAACAAGGAAGACACUCCGAUUAGCGGAUAGCUUGUCGGCUGCAAGACUAAUUAUCAGUACUCAGCGGCAAUUGAUAAUUCCUAAGAAUUCCAUUGCGAUACUACGCCCUAAUCCAAUAAAUACUUCUUGCCACUA